AUGAGCAAUAAUGGAACAGACCUAACCAUUGGAUUCAUCUCCUCUUCUGUAUCUAUCCUUUUGUUUGGCUCAAACUUUGUACCACUUAAAAAAUAUGAUACUGGUGAUGGAAUGUUUCUCCAGUGGGUUCUUUGUGCUGCAAUAUGGUUGGUUGCCUUGGUGGCCAAUCUGAUAUUACAUUGUCCAAAAUUCUGGCCUUUUGCAAUGCUUGGGGGCUGCAUUUGGGCAACAGGGAAUAUUGCUGUUGUCCCAAUUAUCAAAACCAUUGGUUUAGGCCUUGGCAUCUUAAUUUGGGGAUCAUUUAAUGCAUUAACUGGCUGGGCAAGCUCAAGGUUUGGCUGGUUUGGAAUGGAUGCACAGGAAGUAUCAAAACCACUGCUAAAUUACAUUGGAGCAGGACUAUCGAUAGUAAGUGCUUUCAUAUUUUUGUUCAUCAAAAGUGAAAUACCAAGUAACACAUGUUCCAUGGAUACCACACCAUUAAUGUCAGAGCAUGUGAUCAACACAACUGAAGAUACCUGUCCUAAUUAUUCCUGGGUGGAUAAACUUUCUACAGUACAGCAACGUAUAGUGGGAUGUAGUCUUGCAGUGAUAUCUGGAAUAUUCUAUGGAUGUACAUUUGUGCCAAUCAUUUAUAUCAAGGACCACAGCAAAAGAAAUGAUAGUGCAUAUGCAGGAGCAAGUCAAUAUGAUUUAGAUUAUGUCUUUGCACACUUCAGUGGUAUCUUUCUUGCAAGUACAGUCUACUUUUUGGCCUACUGUAUAGCCAUGAAAAAUAGUCCUAAACUAUACCCUGAAGCAGUCUUACCAGGAUUCCUUUCAGGAACACUUUGGGCAAUAGCCACCUGUUGUUGGUUCAUAGCUAAUCACUCUUUAAGUCCUGUGGUCAGUUUUCCAAUAAUCACUGCUGGUCCAGGAUUUAUAGCUGCAAUGUGGGGUGUCUUCAUGUUUAAGGAAAUACAGGGUCUACAAAACUACUUAUUAAUGAUACUUGCAUUUUGCAUCAUUUUGACUGGAGCUUUAUGCACUGCUUUUUCUAAAAUCUAA